GGGUUAUCAGAAGCCAGUCUUAAAAGCAAAACUCCAUAUCAACUGUUGACAGCAAUGAUUGGUCAAAAUGAUGUGUCAUCUUGUCGUAACAUUGCCUUGCUUGUAGCAUUUACGCUGCUAAACAUCAACCAAGUUACUGCAAAAUUCAAUGUGACACUCAAUGAGACAACGCCUCUACUUACCAACAUCGAAAUGUUCGUUAAUUUGCCAUUCGAAAAGAUCGCUUGGGGAUUAAAAGUUAAAGGAUCUGAUUGGCCAAUAGUUGCUGCUGUGAGUUUGAACCACUUAGCAGGCGUUACCUCUACCACAGUUCAACAAAUGAAAAAUCUCACGAUGGCUGACGUCACUGACAAAAUUGUAUCGAGUAAAGCACAUUUUACCUCAAAGCUCAGUGCCCUCCAUAACACACUAGUUGCACAAGCAUCAAGCAUCUUUGCCUUGUCAGCCUCCGAGACGUGCGGUCAAUGGAAUAUUCCUACCAAUGACAUCUUGAAGACUUUCCUUAGUCAUCUUGGUGGUUCAACAUAUUUAGACCCUCAAAAUGUCUCAUUUGUAGCUGGGUAUGAAUGUAUAAAGCAUGACAAUAUGCUACUUCUUCCGUCCAAGUGGUCAAUGCUUGUUCCUCACAUCAUACCAAAGUCCUUUGCAAAUAUCUCAACACUGCUGGGCAUCACGAAGCAACAACUCGCUGACAUCCAUGCACUACCCAAAGGCGAGACCAUAAACAUGACUUUGAGACAAUACAUCGAUAUUACAAAAAGUCGUAUUCAUCCUUUGUUCAAAUGCAGGGAAAGCAUGAAAAAUGACAUUGUGUUAACGAAAGCCCAGUCCAAAGGAGUUAGCGUUUCAUUGAUAGGGAAACAAAACGUUCUUCAGAUUCUCAUGAUGAUGUGCAGUGAUGUGUCCAUCUCCAACAUGUCUGUAGUCAUGGACUGGAGUCCUGAUAAUAUGACAGUAUUGGGGAAUUAUACCAUGGAAGAUGCUGCUCUCUGUAAACGAAUGCCUGUGAAUAUUGUGAUAUCCCGUACUUUGAUGGCGCUUGUGACUAUGAUAUUGAACGAGGUUCAUAAAUGUGUCAUCGUACCAUGUCCAUCUGGAACACUUGUCGACUACCAGACGUGCAAAGCUAGAAAGGGGGUCCAAAGGCACCUGUAGCCACCCCCUAAAUCUGCCAACCUGCAGUUCUUGUAUGAUUAUCAGCAUAAAGAGCAAUCUUUUGACGUGUCUUCAAAUCUGCGGUGACAAAAACAGCAGUGCUCUCGCUUCGUACUGGCCACAAGAAACAACACAGAUCUUUAAACGUAAUGGACAGUGACAAGGUGA